GUUACUCACUCCAUGGCUGCGGAACGGAGAGGCGGCGGCGGCCUCGGCUGAAGAAAGAAGGCGGUAGCGAAGAGCGCAAGCGCGGUUGCAGACACCGGCGGAUUUGCUUUGGGAGCCAGAGUAGCUGCUGCCACCAGAGUCUGGAGCCAUGAGCGCGUUUAAUUUUGGAGGCACGGGGGCCCCCACAGGCGGGUUCACGUUCGGCACUGCAAAGACGGCAACGACCACGUCUGCUACCGGCUUCUCUUUCUCUACAGCUGCCACUGGCGGGUUUAAUUUUGGGACUCCCUCCCAGCCGGCUGCCAGCACCCCUUCUACUGGCCUGUUCUCGCUCACCACCCAAGCUCCGGCGACACAGACCCCAGGAUUCAGUUUUGGAACCACAACUUCUGCUACGGGAGGAACGGGGUUCUCCUUGGGGAUCAGCACCCCGAAGCUAAACCUGAGCAGUGCGGCUGCCACGCCAGCCACCGCUCACCCCGGCGGCUUCGGUCUCGGCGGCAGCACCCUCACCAGCGCCAUCUCGAGCACUGUCACCUCCGGCCAGAGCACAGCGCCCACCACCGGCUUUGUGUUCGGCUCUACCACCACCUCUGCUGCUCCGUCCACCACGCCGGGGGGCUUCUCGUUCACAGGCGGGAGCACGACCCAGAGCGGGGCCUCCGGGGCCUCCGGUUUCAGCAUCGGCUCGAUGGGGAGCUUGGCCCCGCCCACGGCACUUGGCGGACUGCCCUUCACUCCUGCCACCCCUGCGUCCACGGGAGCAGGAGCCACACAGCCAGCCGCUCCUGCGCCUGCUGCUGCCACCACCAGCGCUGGGCCCACGCUGUUCGCCUCCCUGGCAACCACCCCAGCCUCCUCCACCGCCACCGGCCUUUCCCUUUGUACCCCGUCAACCACGGCCGCGGCUACCGGGGCCGGGACGCUGGGCUUCAGCUUAAAGGCCCCUGGGGCAGCCUCUACCUCCUCCACGACAACAUCCACUGCCACUGCCACCACCACCACGGCCGCCACCACCGCAGCUACCACCACCACUACCGGCUUUGCCUUGAAUCUGAAGCCACUGGCGCCGGCCGGGAUCGCCAGCAACGCACCAGCGGCCGCGACCGGGCCCCCUGGCUGUAGCACCACCACCGGGGCAGCCGCCAGUCCUGUGAUGACCUACGCCCAGCUGGAGAGUCUGAUCAACAAGUGGAGCCUGGAGCUGGAGGACCAGGAGCGGCACUUCCUGCAGCAGGCCACACAGGUCAACGCCUGGGACCGCACGCUCAUCGAGAACGGGGAGAAGAUCACUACCCUCCACCGUGAGGUGGAGAAAGUGAAGCUGGACCAGAAGAGGCUGGACCAAGAGCUCGACUUCAUCCUGUCUCAGCAGAAGGAGCUGGAAGACCUGCUGAGCCCGCUGGAGGAGUCGGUCAAGGAGCAGAGCGGGACCGUCUACCUGCAGCACGCCGACGAGGAGCGCGAGAAGACCUACAAGCUCGCUGAGAACAUCGACGCACAGCUGAAGCGCAUGGCCCAGGACCUCAAGGACAUCAUCGAGCACCUGAACACGUCCGGGGGUCCCGCCGACACCAGCGACCCCCUGCAGCAGAUCUGCAAGAUCCUCAAUGCGCACAUGGACUCGCUGCAGUGGAUCGACCAGAACUCGGCCCUGCUGCAGAGGAAGGUGGAGGAGGUGACCAAGGUGUGCGAGGGGCGCCGCAAAGAGCAGGAGCGCAGCUUCCGGAUCACGUUCGACUGAGCUGCCGGCCGGCUUCCGGGCCCGUGGGUUCCGAGGGCGCUGGGGGCUCUGAGGGUUGCACAAUUAUCACCUGGCGUUUGGUUGCAAAGAAUACUUGGUUGUUCCUGUCUUUCAAAGGACUGUGCUGCUGAGAACAGUUCUCUGGCUUGAUGUUUUGCAUUAGUAAGAAGAGAAGUAUUCAAAGCACCCUGGUCCAGACAGCUGCCUAGGGGGUGUGGUUUCUUUUAUGUGUCUUUGGCGUAUCCCAGACCCCUGUCACCUACGGCGGGCACCCUCCCCCUCCUUGCUCCAGCCAGGUGCUGGAGCAGUGUUGGUUCGCCCGAACACCAUCUCCCAGGCAGGGUCUGCUGAGUGGCCAUGUGUCCAACACAGAGUCAUAGGUGCAGUGAAAAGUCUCCGUCCUUGAGACAGCAUCGUGGUAUAAGGUGUGUGCAUGUGGAGAUUCACCACCAGUACAAAGAAGGGAUUUGUGAAUAGAACCGACCGUGGGAUAUGAAAUUUCAAAGGAGGAAGGACAGGUCAGAUGAGGGACUUAAGUGUCAAGAAAAGGGUCAGAUUCGAGCCAGGAGGUCUUCACUUUGCCUGGCUGACAAGCCUCCUGAUCGUCCAGGUCUCCUUAUUUUAGGCUCACCUCCUCCAGGAAGCCCUCUCGGCCACCCCAGAGCUGGGUCGGAUGGCUGUCCUGUGGUCCAUUAGAAUGUGAGCCCCUGUGGGCAAGGAGUGUUUCUCGUUCCCUUUUGUGACCUUAGCACCAUGCCUCACAUUUUCGAAUCAGUGAACCACGGAAAAUGGCAUAAAAUCUUCAUCCACCAAACGCCUGCUGAAAUGUCCACAAGGUGCCAGAGGUGGCCACAGACUUGGUUCUGAACUUGACCGAUGCUAAAGCAAACCUAGCUAGUUACAGUGAGAUCCAGUGUCCAGAAAAACAGAAGCCGACCAGUUGUAUCCCAUGUGUCCUCUGUAUUUGUCUUUACACUUCGCUGCACUGCCUGAAACACCUAUGACUAUGUUGCUUUCCUAAAUAAAAUUUGUUGUGGAACAAAAAA